CCGAUCGUCUCUCUCUCUCUCUCUCUCUAGCUUCACGCCACUCUCUUUCCGUCGCGCCUUUCGAACCUUCUCUCGGCGAUCGCCACCAUAAAACCCUAGGAACCGCCGAGCCCGCAGCCCCGCGGCGAGGUGCGGAGGAGGAGCGCCGAGGAGAUCCUUCCCUCUCGCCUCGCGCUCGGCAGAUCCCGUCGGAGCUUCCAGGGUUGUGAUUGAUUGUUUCCUGGUGAUCAAGUGGUAAUGGCGGUGCAGCAAGCCCCUGCUGGAGCAGCCUCUCCAUCAGCUGAUGUUGUUGGCAAUGCAUUUGUUCAUCAGUAUUACCUCAUCCUUCACCAAUCCCCUGAGCAUGUUCAUCGAUUUUAUCAAGAUAUUAGCAAGCUUGGCCGUCCUGAAGAGGAUGGAGUCAUGGGUAUCACCUCAACCAUGAAAGCUAUUGAUGAGAAGAUACAGUCACUUGAUUAUGGUGGAUUCAGCGCAAAGAUCAUUACAGUGGAUGCACAAGACUCUUUCAAUGGCGGAGUCACUGUACUUGUUACUGGAUAUCUUACAGGAAGAGACAAUGUGAAACGGAAAUUCACCCAGAGUUUCUUCUUGGCACCUCAAGAUAAAGGUUACUUUGUUCUGAAUGAUAUUUUCAGAUACGUUGAGGAAACCAGUCAUCAACAGCCAAACCAUGGUUCAGCUAAUGAUGUGGAAGCUCCUCAAACUAUCGAGCAAGAGUCAACACCUCCGCAGGAGAACCGCAUUCCUCAACAGGUAGCUGCAGAUUCAGAAGAAGUUAGUCAGGAGCAAGUUUACAACCCGUCUGAGAAUGGAGAUGGUUCAGUUGUGGAGGAGGAAGCCCCAGUGCCUGAAGUAGUUGAUGAAACUCCAGUGGAUUCACACACAGUGGCUGAAUCUAAUGCUAAAAAUGAUGUUCCGAAGAAAUCGUACGCCUACAUUUUGGGAGUCAUGAAGGAGAGUGCUGUCAAUGUGCCAUCGUCUUCACCUUCUCCAAAGCCUGUUCCAAAGAGCCAAGAACCACAGAUGACUGCACCACCACCUCCAGCCCCAAUACCUGAGACUCAAGUUUCCAGUUUAAAAGCGACUGAAAAUGGGAAUGUUCAAGAGGGUGAAUCUGAUGGGCACUCCAUCUACUUGAAAGGGCUGCCUAUGAAUGCAACCUAUCCACAAAUUGAGAAUGAGUUUAAGAGGUUUGGAGCAAUCAAAACUGGUGGUAUUCAGAUUAGGAGCCAAAAGGGAUUUUGCUUUGGGUUCGUGGAAUUUGAAGAGUCAAGCUCUGCCCAAAGUGCAAUAGAGGCCUCUCCAAUCACUAUUGGUGGACGACAGGUGGCUAUUGAACCAAAGAAGUCUACCUCACGAGGGAAUGGUAGGGAUCGUUUUCCAUCUGGAAGGGGGGCUGGCUACAGGAAUGAGGGUGUGCGAGGGCGCGGAAGCUAUGUUGGCGGUAGAGGCUAUAACAGGGGCGAGCUUAAUAACAGGAUGGAUUAUGGAAACAGAAAUGGUGGCAGGGGAGGAUACGCUAACCGUGGCGAUGGAUAUCAUAGGGCUGAUCAUUCAGGAGGCAACGGUGGCCGUGUGAAUCGAGCUGGUUUUGCUGUCGAUGCAGCCAAAAGCAUGGCACCGCGAGUAUCUGCAACUGCUUGAGGAACCAACGGGUAGUUACUUUUCUCAGUUGUUGGAUAGGCAUCAAGAAUGCAUCUUUAGAUUCUUUUGCACAUGAUAAAUUUUGGAGCUAAAUCAAAAUAUUAGUCUUCAGCUUUUUGGCUGUCGAUCAUGUUCAGUCUCACUGGUGGGAAAUAGAUGUACUUAGUUUCUGCUUCCAAACUAGAUCUUUGUCUGUCUUUGGUGGGAUUAUCCUGCCGAUUUUGGAGCCGUAUCAUUUUAUAAAAAUACUGAAAAGACCAGCAUUGUUGUUGUAUGGAUAUCCUGGAUAUAUUGAUGUA